AGGCAACACACCUCUGCGAUCAACAGGAGCAGGCUAGAGAGGAAAACUUGACAGCCCAGUGUAAACAGCAGCCAGAUCUUGAGGAGAAAAGCACGUUUACGUGCUGACAUUGAAGACCGAUUUGUUGGACAUUCUACUUUUUUUUAUUCCGUUUUCAUUUUGGGACACUGUUGACAGAUACGUCCGAGCGGCUGAAUUGAUGCAUGCUCUGUGCUGACACUGAAUAUUGUUUGUUAUCAAAAUACUCUUUUUCUUGAAGCAGCCGGUAAGCUUCCACCUUUUUUUCUCCCUACGACUUUAUGUCCACAAAGAUGGAACAGCCUUUUUAUCAUGACGACUCUUUUUUGCCGGCUUACGGCCACUCUGAUGCAGCCAUGCACGACUACAAGGUUCUACAGCACAAUAUGAAUUUGAACUUGACAGAGCCCUAUCGCAACCUGAAAUCCCAGCUGAGGGCUGAGGUGGACCCAUACCAAGGGGGGCAGCCGGACGUCGGGUCACUGAAGCUCGCCUCCCCGGAGCUGGAGAGGCUCAUCAUCCAGAACAGUAGUGGGGUGAUCACCAGUCCCACGCCGGGACAGUACUUCUACAACCGGGGCAUCACCGAUGAGCAGGAGGGGUUCGCAGAGGGCUUCGUAAAGGCGCUGGACGAGCUCCACAAGAUGAACCAGAUGCCCCCUCCUAACGUGUCCAUCGGAGCCGGCGGGGUUGCGACGUGUUCUGCGGCGGCCUCUAGCAUCUUCGGCUCCGCGCUGCAGCCCGAGGCUCCCAUCUACACAACGUUGAACGCCUACUGCCCGAACACAAACCUCUCUUCCGCGUCCAGCUUCCCCACCGCCACCAUCAGCUACCUGCCGCCUCACCAGCAGAGCCUCACGCAGACAUCCGCGCCCGGCGCACACCACUUUCAGCACACGCUCCCGGGCUCCGGAAUGCACCCGCAGCGGCUGGUCGCCCUGAAAGAGGAGCCCCAGACCGUCCCGGACCUGCUCAGCAGCGACGGCUCGCCUCCGAUGUCUCCUAUUGACCUGGAGACCCAGGAACGCAUUAAAGCAGAGCGCAAGCGGCUGCGGAACCGACUCGCCGCCACCAAAUGCAGGCGGCGCAAGCUGGAGCGCAUCGCCCGGCUGGAAGAUAAAGUGAAGGUUCUGAAGAGCGACAACGCAGGGCUCUCCAACACAGCGUCGGUGCUGCGGGAUCAGGUGGCCCAGCUCAAACAGAAGGUCCUAACGCAUGUUAGCAGCGGCUGUCAGCUGAUGCUCACCAGCAAACUUGAGGCGUUUUAGGGACACACAGACUUCUAAAUGACUGAAAAGUAAUAACACUGGAAACAUGUUCUGCACGCACAACACUGGAUGUGCGGCCAGCUUCACAGAACCGAGUGUAGACAGCUUUGAUUAGGGAUGAAAAAGACUGAUUGAAAUGGUACUUCCGGAUGCUGGUCACCGCUCAAAGGACCAUUCAACCUUUCAGCAUCCAGCCUGAGCAAACACUGAGCAACACAGCGGUCUCUCCCCACAAGUCGGGUUUACUAAUGGUAGAAAAUGGGAAUGACUAUUGUACUACUUGGUACUUUUUGCAACUGAUAAUGUCAUGCAAUGGUGCAUUUAUUCUUUGUGUAAAUUAUUUUAUUUGCCUGGUUGAUCCAGACAGACUUGUGUCCAAUGUUUACGUUGUCUUUUUUUUAUUUGUGACUUGUAUUUUAAGUAAAUUGUCUUUUAAAAUGAAAGAAAAAAUGA